UUUGCGCGCAUGUCGUAACUCUUUCGUUAAUGGCGUCUGUCUCCGAUAUGUGCUCGCCUUUAGAAAAAUGAAGCGCAGAAGAAAUUCUCUCUUGUAAUAAAACGCGGGGUUUCCAUUCGCGGACUUUGCGUCGCAAGCUCCCGGUUGUUCAAGUUCCGAUCUCAGUCGUGACGCUCAGCCAGAGAUGAUAAAGCUCAAGUCGAACCAGACGCGCACGUAUGAUGGAGACGGGUUCAAGAAGCGGGCCGCCUGCCUGUGCUUCAGGAACGACACCGAAGAGGAGGUGUUGUUGGUGAGUAGCAGCAGACAUCCAGAUAAAUGGAUCGUACCUGGAGGUGGAAUGGAGCCUGAGGAAGAGCCCAACAUCGCUGCAGUCCGAGAAGUUUGUGAAGAGGCUGGUGUCAAGGGCACUUUAGGAAGGCUCGUAGGAAUAUUUGAGAAUCAAGAUAGAAAACACAGAACGUAUGUGUACGUUCUCAUCGUAACCAAUGUUCUGGAAGAUUGGGAGGAUUCAGUAAAUAUUGGGAGAAAAAGGGAAUGGUUUAAAAUUGACGAUGCCAUACAAGUGUUGCAGUGUCACAAGCCAGUACAGGCCACCUACUUCACGGCUUUUCAGGAAGGUUGUCUGAACAGUAACGGGGCGCCUCUAGAGGCAACGAUAGGCGGAGAACUGUCGCCCACCUACAGCAUCAAUCAGAGCUCUGUCUCUGAUAUCAGAUAACUAAUGCAAAACACCGACUCUUUGGAUGCUUCCGUCGUCGCUCUCGCUCUUGUUCUAUUCUUAUUUUGAUUCUUUAAAAAAAAGACAACAGUUUGCCAACGUUUUUUGAUUGCUGGGAAGGUGUUGCUGGAAAAGUCAAAAUGAUGUUUUGGAAAUGUAAUCUUUUUGCUAUCUCCUGUUUAAUUUUCAUUUCAUGCGGACUGUUGCAUGAAACUCACAACCCACAUACUUUUAAUGCCCUUUAUGCAGCCCAAGUGUGAGAUUAAACGAAUGCAAGAGCUACUUUUUACUGUUGUGAUGGAAAAAUAUACACAUUGUGCGUUAGCAUGUGGCUUUCAGUAUUUUUACACAUGCAUUUUUUUUUCUCUCUUUACAAAUGUGGUUAUAUGAAUGCGUGGAGCUGUGAGAAGUUAUUAGUUUUGCAUGAGCACUGGUAUUUAUUUGUCCUAUGAGUUUGUGUGAUGCGAUGAAUUUUUAACUUCAUGUUAAAUUGGUGUCCUGAACUUUCACGUUUUUGCCAAAUUGUAAAUAUCGUACAGGCCUACAAAAACACAAAGGGUUUAAAUUAUGUGACUACCUGGUUAGACUGUAGCGUAAUUCUACGAUUUCACACCUUUUAAUCUAGAACUUUUCCAAACAGCUGAUGUUUUAAGGAAUUUGACGUAAUAUUGUAAACUCUGAAAUGAACCCCAGUGGUUAAGUAGACUAUUAUAUGAUUUGGUUUUAGAAAGAUUCAGCAGGUUUUUUUACUUUAUGCUGUAAUGGUAUCUGUAGUAUUUUUGUAAUCGUUUUUUUUAAAAGGAUAGUUCACCCAAAAAUGAAAAUUCUUUCGAGCAUGACUUUCUCCUGCUGAACACAAAUUAAGAUUUUUAGAAGAAUGUCUCAUCUCUGUAGGUCCAUACAUCGCAAGUGAAUGGUGACCAGAACUUUGAAGCUCCAAAAAGCACAUAAAUGCAGCAUAACAGUAAUCCAUAAGACUCAAGUGGUUAAAUCCAUGUCUUUAGAAGCGAUAUGAUAGGUGUGGGUGAAAAAUAGAUAAAUAUUUAAGGCCCUUUUUUACUCUUUGAUCUUAAGUUUUGGACCCUGUUGACUUGCAUUGUAUGGACCUACAGAGCUGAGAUAUUCUUCUAAAAAGCUUUGUUUGUGUUCAGGAGAAGGAAGAAGGUCAUACACAUCUGAGAUGGCAUGAGAGGGAGUAAAGGAUGAGGAUUUUUGGAUUGAACUAUUCCUUUAAGUCAACAUGAAAUCAAAAUUGACCCUAUUAAUUUAAAGUUAAUAUUCUGUGUUCAUUACAAGUUAAGCUUAGUCAACAGCAUUUGUGGCAUUAUAUUGAUUGCCAUAAAAAAACAUUUUGACUCGGACAAUGUUUUUUUUUAAAAGAGAAACUUUUAAAGGUAUAUUCAAUAUUACAACUUUGUUGUCAUGGUGAAGUAACACGUUAUCACCAUUUUAAUACAUGUAGUUUAUGUCUUGUGGCUAUACUUUUGAAACAGUGAGUAUUUUAAUGUUUAUUGACUGGCUUCAUUUACUUCAGUUGUAAGUGCCUCACUGUUUGUUUGUUUUUUGAAUAACUGUGGAACGAGUUGAAAUAAUGUUUUGUUGUUAUCAACAUUAUGCCAAAAAUGCUGUCAAUUGAGCUCAAUUUCUGCCUGGUAUUGAACCCGGAAUAUUCCUUAAUACAUGUUCCCGGCCUUGUUGAGCAAAAUUAAUUAGUGCUUGUUUUUCCAAAAGAAAAAACAUUUGUCUUCAUAGCUUUUAAAAAUUGUUUUUGACUACUGUUGUACAUAAUGUAGCCUCUCUAAAAUCUUACCAAUAGUUAAUGCAGUCAUUUUAAUGCCACUUGGCAUUAAUGUAAUUAAGGUUGCAGCAUUAAUUAAAAUGACAGUACAUUUAAAAAAAGAAGUAUUAACAUUGGGAUACAUGGAGAUGCUCUUGACCUUCAGUCUCCACAUCCUUGUCAAAAAGCCUCCUCAAAAGUGGGUGCCGGGCAGUGUUUUGCCCAAUUUUAUUUACAAUCAUGUUGAAUUUAAUUUUGGCUAUAGUACCAUUUGGGACAACUCUAAAAUGAAGCAUAGUUCAGGACUAAAGAGCGAGUUGAAUAGAUAUUGAAUAGAGUAUUAUUUUUUGUUUGAUGCAAUGUGCAUGUACAAAACUGGCUUUGUCUGCACUAACAGUGUAACACAUACAUUUUCAAUUAUAGUAUCUUAAGUGGAUCCUGAAAAUUGCUCUACAAGUUAAUUUUCCCAAUGUGGACAUUAUUAAUUUUGUGACAGAAACUGAUGAAGUUUUUCAUUGUUUUAACCUCUCAGUGACUCAACAUCUUCAUCCACUCAUUUAUUGUGUGACAUUAACAACAGGGAUGUUUCAGUCUACAUGCACAAUUGAAAUUAAGGGCAAGCCUUGAAACAUUUUGUUUUAGCCUAUAAAAAUGUUCAAACAUCGUCUCUUUUCCUUCUAAAUGUCAAGUACGUCUUCAAAGCCAAACUGCACACUUUGUAAACCUCUUGGAAAGCAGCGGUUGGCGCAAUACUGUGAAUUUUGAGCCACUGUAGUUAGCGAGAUGUUUUGGUGUCUUUUUAUUUCUCUUGUACAGAUCGUAAUGAUGUAUAGAUAUGGUACACUUCAGAUUGCGGCCUGGAACUUCUGAGGGUUAGGCUCAUUUAAUCUACUAAACCGCAUCGUUUUUUGCUCCUCCUGGGCGUUUUGUGCUUUUAUGAUGCAAGGUUCUUUUCAAGAUUUCAUUUGAUUUUUUUAUUGUUAGUCUGACUGCUAAGUGAGUAAUGAUUACCUGAAAAUCUAAAGAGUAAAUGAACACUUGUAUCAGUGGUUUCUAAAGUUUACAUGCCUGUGAUUCAUUUUUAUUAACACUAAUGUAAUAGAUUUUACAGCAGAUUGCAGUUUAAAAUCUUUGUAGCAUGCAAUCCCUAAUCUGGACUAAACCAGAAAUUUUCUUGAUUGGUAUAUGUGAUGGCCAUAAUAUUUUCAACAUUAUGUAUAGAAAGUAGAUGUGGCUGAAUCAAUAUUUGGUCCCACCACAAGAAUAUAGCACACGUACUGUAUUCUAUUGGUCCUUUUCAAGUUCCCUUUAGAAAACAAGGAUGUGAAAUCUGAUCUGCAGCAUUUGAAGUAUAGAGAUGAUCACAUGAAACUCAUAUUCCUGGCUAACAUCUCACAGAUAAAGCACCUUAAAUUUGCCCUGCUGUGAGGUUAGACUAUGCAUGUAUAUUUUAAUAGGGUAUAUCUUUCUUUGGCCACAGAAAUUGAAAAGAAAAAAAAUGCCCAGGUAUAGUUUUUUUUUUUUAAAGACUGAAUUUGUUCAGAUGAGAUGUUGAAAAUAUGAUUGAAAUCAAUAUACUCAACAGCCGUGACCCUCAUUUUGUACCAUGUACCUUUCACUUGAAUAUUUAGCUUUUUCAUUUUGGACAUUGUGAAAUCAACCAGUUUGAGAAUGUAAUAUUUAUGUGCCAACUAAUAAACACCAGUAUUUCAUCUUAA